UUGGGAGAGAAGGUGCAGGCGCGGGCACGCUGGGCGGUGUGGAGCCCAGCAUCCCCGCAACGGAGCCGCUAGGACGAGUCUCGAGUCUCGCUGCGGCUCCCGACGACACACAGCACCAACGGGACUCCGAGCUCACGCCCCGGGGCGCCCAGGCUCCGCCCCCUACCUGCGCCGAGGCCCCGCCUCCGCCGCUCCAUUGGGUAACCCCGCCGCCCGUCAGACGAGCCCCCGCCGCCCUCUCCGGGCCUGGAGCUGCGCCUCUUAGCGCGGGGGCCGCUGGCCCGCGCCUUUCUGCCGAGCUGCACCAGCCGCAGACCCCGCAGCCGCUGCGGCCGCCCGCGGCGGGCUCAGGGCGGACCAUGCGCCCUUCGAGCGCACCGCCUGCCCGCUGGCUCUGCCUGCUGGCAGGAGCCCUCGCCUGCGCCCUCGGACCCGCGGGCAGCCGGGCAGCCAGCCCGCAGCAGGAGUGUGAGUACCUGCAGAUGAUUGAGAUACAACGCCAGCAGUGCCUGGAGGAGGCCCAGCUGGAGAACGAAACCACAGGCUGCAGCAAGAUGUGGGACAACCUCACCUGCUGGCCAACUACUCCCCGGGGCCAGGAGGUGGUCAUGGACUGUCCACUCAUCUUCCAGCUUUUCUCCCCCAUUCAUGGACACAACGUCAGCCGUAGCUGCACUGAGGAAGGCUGGUCACAACUGAAGCCAGGCUCCUACUACAUUGCCUGUGGACUGGAUGACAAUUCGUCUAGUCUGGAUGAGCAGAGACAGACCGAGUUCUACAGUGCCGUGAAGACUGGCUACACCAUCGGCUACAGCCUGUCCCUUGCCAGCCUCCUGGUUGCCAUGGCUAUCUUGAGCCUGUUCAGGAAGCUACACUGUACCCGGAACUACAUCCAUAUGCAUCUCUUUAUGUCCUUCAUCCUGAGGGCCGCUGCCGUCUUCAUCAAGGACAUGGCUCUCUUCAACAGCCGAGAGAUGGACCACUGCUCUGAGGGCUCGGCUGCAAGGCAGCUGUGGUUUUCUUCCAGUACUGCAUCAUGGCUAACUUCUUCUGGCUGCUGGUGGAGGGCCUCUACCUGCACACCCUGCUGGCCAUCUCCUUCUUCUCUGAACGGAAGUACUUCUGGGGGAGUGCCCAGUGUCUUCACCAUGGUAUGGACCAUUGUCCGGAUCCAUUUUGAGGAUUUGGGGUGCUGGGACACCAUCAACUCCUCACUGUGGUGGAUCAUAAAAGCCCCCAUCCUCACAUCCAUCUUGGUGAACUUCAUCCUGUUUAUCUGCAUCAUCCGAAUCCUGGUUCAGAAACUACGGCCACCGGACGUCGGGAAGAAUGACAGCAACCCAUACUCGAGGCUGGCCAAGUCCACGCUCCUGCUCAUCCCCCUGUUUGGAGUUCACUACGUCAUGUUUGCCUUCUUCCCUGACAACUUUAAGGCCGAGGUGAAAAUGGUCUUCGAACUUGUCGUGGGGUCUUUCCAGGGCUUUGUGGUGGCCAUCCUCUAUUGUUUCCUCAAUGGCGAGGUGCAGGCAGAGCUGCGGCGGAAGUGGCGGCGUUGGCAUCUGCAGGGCGUCCUGGGCUGGAGCUCCAAAUCCCAGCACCCGUGGGGAGGCAGCAACGGCGCCACGUGCAGCACGCAGGUGUCCAUGCUGACCCGCGUCAGCCCCAGCGCGCGCCGGUCCUCCAGCUUCCAAGCCGAGGUCUCCCUAGUUUGACCGCCAGAGGCCGCCAGGUCCCUUCGCACCCUCCCCACACCGGCUGGAGUAGAGGUCUGCAACGGGGGCGCUGCUAACUCCAACCUUUGGACAAAUUUCCUUUGCCACAACCGCAACCAGGACCGGGUCCAUGCGAGCUGGCGAGCAGGGAGGUCCAACCCUGGAGGAUACAGGGAGGGACCAGCAUCAGACUCCGCCUCCAAAGGCCCCUGUGCCAGACAUGUGCACAAAAUCUGCAUACACCUCCUGGAAAGCAACCUCCUGGAAAGCAACCGCCUGUUCUCAAAGCUUUGGGACUCCUGAGGGCAAUAAGGUUCUGCCCAGUUCGUGCCUAGAAUUCCACUGUGGCCCUCAAAGUCGCUUUGGGUUAAGAAUUGCCGAUUAGACUCCUCCCUGAGGAUGCAGUACCCUCCCGGAGUGGUACUGCUUUUAUCUGCCAGCUCCUCCGGGUGGGUGAGUUCCUCUACCUCAGACAGAUACGGUUGUGACCUGGAGUUUGGGUUUGGGGGACCACAGCUGUGCUGUGAUCCUCACUCGGGAUGGAAUUGUCCCAGCGUUGGUAUGUCCGCGGACCUACCAUUGGGAAAGGGGGACCAUAACCCCAGCCAGUGCUCACCAAGUGGCUUCAAGUGGCUUUGUCCGUCACCAGCCUUAUGCACAACCAAAGCAAAAGCGAGCUGCCCACCCUGGGAGCUUGUCUACACGCCAACUCCUGCAGCAAGGGUCAGAGACAGGAAUCCACGGGUCAGGAUCAAUCCUGAGGCCACCCUGACGUCACAGGUAGGGAAACUGAGUCUCAGAGGGAGCAGGCAUCUUUUCCUAUCACUAAUGCCAACAUAAAGACUACUUUCUUACAUACCAUGACCUGCUGGAGUCUUUUGGGGUUGCAUGCCAGAGAUGCCAUUGUCCUCAUCCCCCAGUUCCCCUGCCUCCAUAGAAGGUGGCUGAGUGUGUCACUGACACUGGGGGUCACAGUGUCUUAUGCCUCCCCCCAUCCUUACAGCCACAGAGCUUGUAACCCAAGCUGGUACCAGCAGGUCCCUCUCAGAACUGCACCAGGCUUGUGCGACAGUAACUAUUGGCAGUGACAGAGAUGGCUCACUGAAGCUGACAAAACCCUUCUGGCUUUGGACAGGAGCCCCACAUUUCCAUGUGAGCUUAAAUCCCCAGAGUCUUUGACUCACACCUGAGUGUGAAGAGGUUAUAACCGGGCCCCAUUGUGACCCUCACCCCCUAUAUCCAGCUGGAAAGAGACAGAUUCUGCCUGGGACCAAAUCAAAACAGCCAAUAGGAGAGUGAGAAACAGGGAUGUUUCACAAUUAUUCCUGAAAACACAGCAAACAGACUACAAUGGCCAGGUCGCUGUCGCCUAGGACUCAACCAGGAGGGUUAGAUCAGUGCAAAUGUCCCAGCACAAGUCAGUGAGGAGAGGCUGUGUGAUUAACCCAAAUGAGGAGAGGUUAGACGUAGCAGGUAAUAUGGGCAGGUCAGUGAGAGGUAGCUCCCAAGGUUUUUUGCAAAUGUAUCUUUUUCAUUCCACUUUGUAAACAUGUGGAGUUGUCUGGUUUGACAUGUUUGACAUGCCAGACGUGCAUGCCAGACGUGGAUGCCGGGCUGGUGCAAAGAGGCCAGGAUGGGCUAGCAGAGACUCAGGUCUGCCUGCAAGGCCCCUUCAAAGGGGGCUGCCACUCGGAGCCAUCACAGGACAGAUUAGAAAUACCUUCUAAGGUAUGUGAAGGCCAGAAGGGACCCCGUGCCUACAUGAACCGGGCCCAAAGUCUCCCCAGCAGUAGUAGUGUGUUGUGGCAUGGGGUAAGUUUCCGAGCCCUGGGUGGCAAGCAGUUACUAGCCAAGAGGACAGAGUGGAUAAAAGCAAGACCCAGAAUGUGUUCAAGAAAGGAAAGGCAGAGUUGGAGCCCUGCUUACGAGGGUUGAGAGGUGAGGUGCUCGGUGGAGGGUGCGCUGCCACGAAGAGAGACUGGGAGCCUUGGUUGAGAGACUAAGAAAAGGGGUCCUACACCCUAGCUUAGUGACAGCCGAGGGGCAGGAGUGGCUACAGCCCUGUCUUCCUCUGCUAACACCCAGGUGGGGCCCGCUCUCAGGCCAACUCAUCGCUAACGCCAUCUGGUGGACACUUCUAAGACUUCACCAACCUUCACUACCCUCAGGCUUAAUUCUGUCAAGUAGGUCUCUCACUGGGAGGCAGCUGGCACAGAAAAGUGUCUGUUCUGAGUUCCCAAGAGUGAGAUAGAGGAUGUGGUGAGAAUAUACCCGGACAAGCCUCACAGCUCCCCUCAGAUAAAACCACCCAUGUGAGUCCCGCCUUGACCCAAAGGAACCUGAGGGAACCUACACUCUCCUUCAAAUUGAACCCCACCCACAGUCUCCGAGGCCAACAACCAGGUAACUCAGAUGGGUACGGACGCCGAGCUGUCCCAUCUGAACCCAGAGAGGCUCCGUCCACUCUGUGGGAAAGGCCUGUUUGCAGGCUGUCUUCUCACUGGGGGGCAUAGCCUGUCCAAGAAGGCGGGACAUCACAGAGGUGUCUGAGGGCUAGGAGAGGUCUUAGGCUCCCAAGGGAAUGUGUCCAGGUGUCAGGGACCAGCCGAGUAGAUGUUGGAGGUGCUUGCCCGUAGAGACAAAGAGGAGGUCUAUCGGAUGAGGUGGAGAGAGGGUGGUGGGUUGAUGCAGAGAAGAGCCUAGGGCGUAUGUCUGGGAAGGAUGUUAGGCCACCAACAGGAAGGGGAGGAGGUCAGCAGGGGAGACGAUGUUGCAGGGUCUCCUAGGAGAGACCUAUUGGAAGCACGACAGUGGGAAGACCGAGGCAGUCCCUUGGAAGAAACAGUGAGUGUAAGGGCAAGUCACCAGGCAUCCCCGCGGGGUG